AUGAAUCCCUUAAGAACAUUAAGAAUAUAUUUUCAUGUACCGGUGACGCCAAAGAAUCAAAGUGAAAUUAGACGCAUAUUUAAGUGGUUUGCACAAAGAGGAGCGCUGAGUACUUACCUUAUGGGAAGGAGUCCUGAGUCAAAAAGAUAUCAAAGAUACGGCUUCAUAACAUACAAAGAUGACGCAGUCGCUGAAGAAUUACUAAGCAAUGAAUUUUACCCUGUAGACUUUUACGAUGAUCCGAUUAGAAUACCACUAAAUCAACGAUUGAUAUGGAAAGGAUUUUUUACUAAAGAUGAUUCCCCCCAAAAGACUGAUAUCGCCACUGAUGAGGUUGAUGCUGGAAAUUUCAAAAAUACAGCUGUAGAUUUCGACAAAGUUUAG